CUCUCUCUCUCUCUCUCUCUGUGUAUGUUCGUUGAGGCUUCUUCGACCUCUGCGUGAGGGAAUUCCCAGAGCGUGCCUCAGUAGCUUUUCUGCUAAGGUAUCUAGAUCGACGAACGUGUUUCUGUAGCCAAGAGGGAGGAGAAAGGAGGGAGAAAGGAAUGGCAGGGGACAGCGGAGGGAGAUCGCUGGAGCAGACGCCGACGUGGGCGGUCGCCGUGGUCUGCUUCGUCCUCGUUCUGGUCUCCAUCAUCAUCGAGCACAUCAUCCACCUCAUCGGACAGUGGUUGAAGAAGAAGCACAAGACAGCUCUUUAUGAGGCGCUCGAGAAGAUCAAAUCAGAGCUUAUGCUUCUGGGGUUCAUAUCGCUGCUGCUCACGGUGGGGCAAGGUCUGAUAUCGAACAUAUGCAUCUCGUCGGAGGUGGCCGCCACGUGGCAUCCAUGCGGCAAGUCCCAUGAGCAAAUGAAGAACAAGUCCCAAGGCCGCCCGAUGACAAAUCCAAGCCGUAAACUGCUCGCUCUCUCCGACUUCCCCGCCGGCGGCGUGCGCCGAGUUCUCGCCGGCGCCACCUACGAUAAAUGCGCAGCUAAGGGCAAAGUGCCGUUCGUAUCGGCGGACGGGAUCCAUCAGCUCCACAUCUUCAUCUUCGUCCUGGCCGUCUUCCACAUCCUCUACUGCAUUCUCACCAUGGCCCUCGGCCGAGCCAAGAUGAGGAGCUGGAAGGCGUGGGAGAAGGAGACCCGGACCACCGAGUACCAGUUCUCGCACGAUCCGGAGAGGUUCAGGUUCGCGAGGGAGACGUCGUUCGGGCGAAGGCACAUGAGCUUCUGGACCAAGACCCCGGUCCUCAUGUGGAUCGUUUGUUUCUUCAGACAAUUCGUGAGAUCUGUUCCAAAAGUAGAUUACUUGACUUUGAGACACGGCUUUAUCACGGCACAUUUGGCUCCCCAAAGCCACGUGAAGUUCGAUUUUCAGAAAUACAUAAAGAGAUCUCUAGAAGAGGACUUUAAGGUGGUCGUAGGGAUCAGCCCUCCGAUAUGGUUUUUCGCAGUUCUGUUCCUGCUCUUCAAUACCCACGGCUGGUAUUCUUAUCUGUGGCUCCCCUUCAUCCCACUGAUUAUCAUACUUCUGGUCGGGACCAAGCUGCAGGUGAUCAUAACCAAAAUGGGGCUCCGGAUACAAGAGAGGGGGCAGGUCGUGAAGGGCGUGCCAGUCGUCGAACCCGGCGACGACCUCUUCUGGUUCAACCGGCCACGCCUCAUCCUCUACCUCAUCAAUUUCGUUCUCUUUCAGAAUGCUUUUCAGCUUGCCUUCUUUGUUUGGACUUCGUAUGAAUUCGGAAUAAAAUCUUGCUUUCAUGAGCACACGGAAGAUAGAAUAAUCAGAAUCUCAAUGGGGGUCCUCAUUCAGAUUCUGUGCAGCUAUGUCACGCUUCCUCUAUAUGCCCUCGUGACACAGAUGGGGUCGACGAUGAAGCCUACCAUAUUCAACGAGAGAGUUGCCACGGCCUUGCGGAACUGGCAUCAUAGUGCCAAGAAGCACAUCAAGCAAAACAAAGGCUCCGUGACGCCCAUGUCCAGCAGGCCGGCCACGCCUUCGCAUCACAUGUCCCCGGUGCACCUCUUGCGCCACUACCGCAGCGAAAUGGACAGCAUGCACACGUCCCCGAGGCUAUCCAACUUCGAUGUGGAUCAGCACGACAACGAAUCUCCGUCCCCGACCCAUCUCCACCAGGGCGAAGGGUCAUCUUUCCACAAUAAUCCCAACACGGAACAAGGUGCGGUCGACCGUGAAAGAGCAGUCCAAUUGGCUUCCAUUCCUCAGCCAACAUCGCGGGUGCAGCACGAGAUAGAGAUAGACAUCGUUCCGAAAGACUUUUCAUUUGAGACUAAAAGCGGGGCUAGUUGAGGGGUUUUCCAGGUAUAAAUGGUACAAAUUUUGACCACCAAAGUCACUGGUGAUGGAUCAAGUCGAAAUUCGCGAGUGAAGACUCGGGCUAACCAAUUUGAAUCGGAGGUCAUAGCUUGGUGAAUCUUCAAGGAUCGACAGAUAACAACAGGUUACUAAGACACGAGGAUCAGAGUUUACCGUUCGUACCUUAAAAUUCAGGCUUGUAAAUUGGUGAAAUAUAGGCAAACAAACUAAACUUGAGUAAUAAAGUAGCAGUUGCUAUCACUGUACUUCUUAGACCUUCUUUCAUUUUAUUUUUAUUUUUACAACACUUCCUGGCAGGAGCUAAGAUUCAUUGGGCUCCGCUUGCUGAUGCUACAGAAGAAGAGAAAUAAGCUAUUCGCACACAUAAUGCUACUGUGAUGUUCUUUUUUUCGUCGA